ACCUUUGAAAACACACCGAAGAUGGGCAAGGUCUACACUUACGACGAAGACAGCUGCUGGGUAAUCCUCUACGGAAAUGUCUACGAUGUAACGAAAUUCGUCCCCGAACAUCCCGGCGGUGCAAAAAUCAUCCUUCAACUCGCUGGCCAAGAUGCAACCGAAGAAUACGAUCCCAUCCAUCCUCCAGGCAUCCUGGAAGAAACGCUAGCGCCGGAAUGCAAGUUGGGCACUUUUGACGCUAGCACUUUGCCCAAGGUUGAAAAGUCGCUGGUGGGCGAGGAUAAAGUUGAUGAGGAGGCUAUCAUGCCCUUGGACCAUUGUCUAAACAUGGACGACAUCGAAGCCGUCGCGACAAAGAAGAUGAGCAAAAAGGCAUGGGCAUACUAUUUCUCCGCCGCCGACGACUUAAAAUCAAAGGUCUUGAACAAUACAGUAUACAGCAGUAUCCUGUUGCGUCCGCGCGUAUUCGUGGAUAUCACAAAAUGCGAUACUAGCACCACUAUCCUCGGCAACAAAGUCAACAUCCCUUUGUUUGUUUCCNNCCCAGCUGCAAUGGCGAGAUUGGGUCAUCCAGAUGGCGAACACGGUAUCGCCAGGGCGUGCAACACAUUCGGCGCUUGUCAGAUUAUCUCGAACAAUGCUUCGCAAACGCCCGAACAGAUUCUUGAAGGUGCGCCUGCAGAUCAAGUGUUUGGCUGGCAACUCUACGUUCAGAAUGACCGUAAGAAGAGUGAAGACAUGCUCGUCCGCAUCAACGCCCUCAAACAGAUAAAGUUCAUCGUGUUAACACUCGACGCUCCCGUACCCGGAAAACGCGAACACGACGAGAGAGAAGGCAAGAAUAUAGGUGCCAAUCUACCCAUCCGCAGUGCCCACCAACAAGGCAGCGCAAGCACCACCUCNCCAGACCCAAAGAAAGGAGGCAACAGCGGCAGUGGCAGUGUAGCCUCUGCAAUGUUCGCCGGCACUGCCGGCGACCUAACCUGGAAAACGACUUUGCCUUGGUUGGCCAAACACACAAAGCUUCCUAUUGUGCUCAAAGGGCUGCAAACGCAUGAAGACGCAUACAUAGCUUCGUUGCACGCACCCCAAGUCCAAGGCAUUAUUCUGUCCAACCACGGCGGUAGAGCUGCAGACACAGCACCGCCUUCAAUCCACACCUUAAUUGAGAUACGCAAGUACUGCCCCGAAGUCCUCGACAAGAUCGAAGUGUGGGUUGACGGCGGCAUCAAGCGCGGUACCGAUGUCGUCAAAGCUCUAUGCUUGGGGGCCAAAGCCGUAGGCAUGGGACGAAAUGCUCUAUUCGGUCUUGGUGCGGGAGGUACAGAGGGUGUGGAAAGAGUGUAUGAGAUCUUGAAGGCUGAGAUCGAAACGACGAUGCGUUUGCUUGCUGUGGAGAAGGUCGAGGAAUUGGGACCUCAGCACGUGAGUUUCAUUGAUAAUGAAGCUGUGGAGAGGGAUAUCUACGACGGUCCUGCCGGUCUCGAGAAACUAAGCAUGUGGAUCAAGGCCAAGCUGUAG